ACUGGAAGAAGCGGAAGUGAGUAGAGCGCGUGAACGUGUGUUUUUUCUGUCAGAGGGGAGAGAGCGAGAGAGAGAGGGCGACUGGCACGAGAUCAGGGGCACGGUCAUUUUAUUCCUAUGGAAACGCUGCACUGACUGGCAGAGGUGAGCGGAGGAAAAGGUGGCGGCGCUUUUGGAUGCGCAACGGAUACCCAGCUUUCUUCACUCAGUGUCAAAAGCGCGGAAACAACCAGACGUAAUUUCUUCAAAGUGCCUCAGAAUUUCCCUUUUGAGUCUGAUUUAUUUAAAAAAGGAGCCUUGCAAAAAGUGAAGAUGCCCCUGGCACAACUAGUUGACCCUUGGAGAAAGAUGGCAAUCGGGAGUGCGGCGAGCGAGACGGAGCCCCAUCAUGUCUUGGAGGACUCAAUGGGAGAAGAUGAAAAUCUAUCAUGUCAAGAAGAAGUGUCUGUUAAAGAGAUCAACAUCACACAUCUUGUUAAAGAGGGCUCAGAGAAGGCCGACCCACAGCAGUUUGAGCUCCGUAAAGUGCUCGGACAAGGCUCUUUUGGAAAGGUGUUUUUGGUGAAGAAAACAACAGGGCCGGAUGCAGGACAGCUGUAUGCUAUGAAAGUGCUGAAAAAAGCAACCCUGAAAGUACGGGAUCAGGUCCGGACUAAGAUGGAGCGGGACAUCCUGGUGGAGGUUAAUCAUCCCUUUAUUGUUAAGCUACACUAUGCAUUCCAGACCGAAGGAAAGCUUUAUCUGAUUCUGGACUUCUUAAGAGGAGGCGAUCUCUUUACUCGACUGUCAAAAGAGGUGAUGUUCACUGAAGAGGAUGUGAAGUUUUAUUUGGCCGAACUGGCUUUGGCUCUGGAUCAUCUGCAUGGACUGGGCAUCAUUUACAGAGAUCUGAAACCAGAGAACAUUCUCCUGGACGAGGACGGCCACAUAAAGCUGACAGACUUUGGGCUCAGCAAAGAGUCGAUCGAUCAUGAGAAUAAGGCUUACUCUUUCUGUGGGACGGUUGAGUACAUGGCUCCAGAGGUGGUGAAUCGAAGAGGACACACAUACAGCGCUGACUGGUGGUCUUAUGGCGUACUCAUGUAUGAAAUGCUGACAGGAACGCUGCCAUUCCAAGGCAAGGACCGCAAGGAAACCAUGACCAUGAUCCUAAAGGCGAAGCUUGGGAUGCCUCAGUUUUUAAGUUCAGAAGCUCAGAGUCUCCUCAGGAGCCUUUUCAAACGAAACCCUACUAAUAGAUUAGGUGCUGGUCCAGAUGGAGUUGAAGAGAUAAAGAGACACCCAUUUUAUGUUUCUAUUGACUGGAAUAAAUUAUUUAGAAGAGAAAGUCACCCACCCUUCAAACCAGCCACUGGCAGACCAGACGACACAUUCUACUUCGACCCAGAAUUUACCGCAAAAACUCCCAAAGAUUCUCCAGGUGUACCUCCUAGUGCCAAUGCCAAUCGACUUUUUAGAGGGUUUAGUUUUGUGGCCAUCACUUCAGAAGAAGAAUCUCAAUCCCUGCCGAGCAACAGCAUGUCAUCUAUAGUUCAGCAGCUCCACCGAAACGUGUCUCAGUUUAGUGACGCAUAUGAGGUGAAGGAGGAUAUCGGCAUUGGUGCUUAUUCCAUCUGCAAACGCUGCAUUCAGAAAAGCACAAUGAUGGAGUAUGCAGUGAAGAUUAUCAGCAAGGCUAAACGGGAUCCUGCGGAGGAGGUGGAAAUUCUAUUACGCUAUGGACAGCAUCCAAAUAUAAUCACCUUGAAAGACGUGUAUGAUGAUGGCCGCACUGUGUAUCUGGUGACGGAGCUGCUGAAAGGAGGCGAACUGCUGGAUAAAAUCCUCAGACAGAAGUUCUUCUCGGAGCGGGAGGCCUGUGCUGUGCUCCACACCAUCACCAAAACUGUGGCGUACCUGCACGCUCAAGGCGUGGUUCACAGGGAUUUAAAGCCCAGUAACAUCCUUUAUGUUGAUGAAUCUGGGAAUCCCGAGUCCAUCCGUAUCUGUGACUUCGGCUUUGCAAAGCAGCUAAGAGCAGAAAAUGGACUUCUGAUGACGCCCUGUUAUACUGCCAACUUUGUGGCCCCAGAGGUGCUGAAGAAACAGGGCUAUGAUGCGGCCUGUGAUAUCUGGAGUCUAGGUGUCCUUCUCUACACAAUGUUAACUGGAUUUACUCCAUUUGCUAAUGGCCCCGAGGAUACGCCGGAGGAGAUUCUGGCUAGAAUCGGCAGCGGACAGUUUUCCCUCACAGGAGGAUUUUGGAACUCUGUUUCUUGUCAGGCAAAGGAUCUGGUAUCAAAGAUGUUGCAUGUAGACCCUCAUCAGAGACUCACUGCUGCACAGGUUUUAAAGCAUCCCUGGAUCACUCACAAAGACAAGCUCCCCAAUUACCAGCUUAAUAGACAGGACGCCCCACAUCUGGUUAAGGGGGCGAUGGCUGCCACAUUCUCUGCUUUGAACAGAAACAUUCCUCCUGUACUGGAGCCUGUCGGCUGUUCAAUACUCGCUCAGCGCAGAGGAGUGAAAAAACUGACUUCCACUGCCUUAUGAGCAGGAAAACCCUUCCACCUCCAACCCCGUGACCUCCAGCUCGGUCUGAGCACAGCCUGAAUUGGGCUUGCUUGCUGCCUACAGUACCUUGCGUCCAGGCCUUAGAGCCGAGUGUAGAUUCUGAGGACCCCUGGUGGACAACCCAAAUCUUCCUUCACUGGUCACUGCGACUUCAAGCCUCCAAACGCAGUUCAAUGAAGCCUUUUUUCCAAGGAGCAAAUCAUCCGAUCGUAUCAAGAGAAACAAACCAGAUCUCAGUCUUUAUUAAAAGCUACCACAUUAUUUUAGAAGAUGAUGACCAACUCUUGCGCCAAAUCGUGCAUCAAGCUGCAAAAAGCUCCAGUUCUAUGGGGACAUGUGUGUUCGUGUUUAAUAUUCAGAUUCUGUUCCAUUGUUCUCAAUUAUUUUACAUCAAGAUUGUAUUUAACGAGAGAAUAUUUUGACAUAUUCACUCACUCUAAAGUUGUUCCAAAUCUGUAGGAGUUUCCAUUUGCUUCAUCUUUUGUUGAGGAUAAAACAAAGUGUUUAGAAGAAUGUGGGUGUCCAGGCAUUUAAUGGUCCCCUUUAAUGUCCAUAGUAUGGAUAAAACAUAUGAUUGUGACAUACUGGUUUGGAGCUACUUUAGAGUGAAUAAAGGAUUAUUAUAGAACAGAUUCCACAACGAAAGACGCUCCAAACCAUUAUAGAUGUGGUGUGUUAAAUAAAAGGCUGCAUGCAUCCACCACAGAAUUUUGAAAAUCAGAAAGAAAGAAAAGACUUGAUGCAAUUUUUAGUCUCACUGUUACGAGUUGUUCAAACAGAACUCCGAAUUGAGUCAGAAUUAAAAACAGUUUACAGAUUUAUUUCUCUAAAAUUGCGUGAGAAAGUCUUGUGAGAAAGUCAAAUUUUGUAUAAAAAAGUCAAUUGUGAGUGUUGAAAAAUGUUUUUAUAUAUUUUUAUUUAUUUGUUUCUGCCAAUUGCGGGUUUAUUUCUUGCAAUUCUGACUUUGUUCUUCUCAGAUCUGACUUUUUUUUUUUUUUAGAGUUGUAAGAUAAAAGCUCAAAAUCGAGACGCAAAAUCACAACUCAAAGUCAGAAUUGCAAGAUAUAAGUCUGAAAGAAUUCUGAGUUUAUAGUUCAGUUGUUGUUUUUUUCUGCAUAUUUCUAUUUUAAUUCUUGCAUUUGCAACUUUUUUGUUUUCCUACAGUUCUUUAUUUCUCUCAAUUCUGACAUUUUCCUAAGAUUUGCAAAAAAAUAAACUUAAAAGAUACAAAAUCGCAAUUUAUAGUCAAAAUUGCAAGAUAAAAAUCAGCGAAAAAGCUAAAUCACAAUUCUAAGUUUAAAUAUCGCAAUUCUUUUUUUUAACAAACAGCCAUUUGUUUCUUGCAAUUCUGAUUUUUCUUGAUGAGGAAGAUAAACUCAAAAUCGAGUUUUAAAAUCGCACUUCAUAAAGUCAAAAUGGUAAGAUAUAAACUUGAUUGCAAAAAUCAAGUUUAAAAUUAACAUUUUUUAUUUUUUCUGCAAAUUGUGAUUUUAUUUCUUGCAUUUGCAACUUCAAUUUUCUUGCAAUUCUCACUUUAUUCCUUUCAAUUCGGACAUUUUUUUUUUCAGAUUUGCAAGAUAGAAACUCAAAACUGUAAGAUACUAAAUCACACUUCAUAAAGUCAGAAUGGCAAGAUAAAAACCAGUAAAAAGCAAAAUCAGAAUUAUGAGUUUAUAUCUUGCAAUUAUUUAUUUUUUUCAACAAACUGCAAUUUAUUUCUUGCAAUUCUGACUUUAUUCUUCUAGAUUGUUUCUUUUCUUCAGAAUUGGAAGAUAGAAACUCAAAACCGAGAUACAAAAUCACACUUCAUAAAGUCAGAAUUGUAAGAUAUAAACUUGAUUGCAAAAGCAAAGUCAGAAUUCUGAGUUUAUGGCUCAAUUUUUCUGCAAAUAGAGAUUCUUUUUAUUAUUAUUAUUAUUUUUAAUUUAUUUUUCCAGCAUUUGCAACUUCUUUCGUUUUCUUGCAGUUUUUCUUUUAUUUCUCUUAAUUCUUACAUACCAAGAUAAAAACUCGCAAUUUAUAAAGUCAGAAGUUUAUAUCUUGAUAAUCCUUUUUUUUUUUUUUUUUUUUCAACAAACUGCAAUUUGUUUUUUGCAAUCCUGAAUUUAAUCUUCUUAAUUCUGACUUUUUCAGAUUUGGAAAAUAGAAACUCUAAAUCGAGAUACAAAAUUGUAUGGAGGACGAAACCUGCAAAAACAAAUAAAUGCGUAUAUAUAUAAAUCAGUAAAUAAAUCCAUAAAUUCCUGCAUAAAUAAAACAAUAAAUGAAUAAAUAUGCAAAUAAAUAAGUGUAUAAAUAAUUUCAAGUGCUGGCAGGUAAAUAAAUAUAUAAAUGACUGGAAUGUUGGGGCAAUAAGAAAAUUCUAAACUGAAAGUUUAUUUUCCCCUCUUUCAAAUGUUUAUUCAUUCUUGAAGGUAGUUUCACUUCUCCUCAGGUCAACAUGCUAAUGAAAGGGUGAUCAAUCAUCAGGGAAAGUAAAAAAAAAAUCAAAUGCAAAUUUUUUCUAAUGAUCAAUCAAUGAUGGCAUAAAGACCACCUUCUGAUGAAUAACAGACAACCUUUUAUUAGCAUGUUGACCUGAGGGAAAAGUGAAUACGCAACUACAUUCAAGAAUGAAUGAACAAAAACAAUUUGAAAGCGGGGAAAAUAAACUUUCAGUUAAUUAUUUAAUUGUUUGCCUGCCUGCACUAUUAUUUACACACUUGUUUAUGAAGGAAUCUGUGGUUUUUAUAUACAUUUAUUUACAUAUUUAUUUAUUGUUUUAUUUAUGCAGAAAUUUAUGGAUUUAUUUACUCACUCAUUUUUUUAUUUGGGUAUUUAUUUAUUUAUUGUUCUUGCAAGUUUCAACCUCCAGAAAAUUGCACUUUAUAAAGUCAGAAUCGCGAGAUAAAAAUCAGAGAAAAGCAAAAUUAGAAUUAUGAGUUUAUAUCUCGCUUUCUUUCAACACACUUCAAUCUAUUUCUUGCGAUUUGAAUUCUUUCAUCUAGGAUAUAAACUUAAAACUGUGAGACCAAAGUUUGCACUUCUUCGAAAACUGCACAACUGAUAUUAACGAGCUGAUAACAAAAAACAAACAACAAUUGAAGAAAAACCCUGAAGGCUGAUUGACGGAUGACUGUAAGACGAGUCUGAAUGUCUGCUGUCGUUCAUUUCUCACUCUUUUUACAGAACCACAAUGUGAACCAAAUCCAAAGCACAAAAAUGCAGUGGAGGCCUACAGUAAAUCAAACCCCUCAGAAUGUCCAAUAGAGAACUCAGGUGAAACGCAAUACAUUAUACAAAAAAACAUAAGCUGGGACGGAAAUAUGUAUACGGCUGUAUCACCUGCUGACCUGUGUAUUUGUUUGUAUGUAGGGAAGUACAGGAGGAAUGCUCAGAGAUAAAAUAUGUAGUGACUUUUUUAAAGCGACUACAUUCAGCCUUGACAUAUUUUUAUAAAUGUGCAUGGGCAAGAUGCUAUAUUAGCUAGUAGCUCUGUGGACGUUCAUGUUUAUGAGCAUGACGAAGGAUGUUUUUUCCAUUCUUUCUGUUUUUUUAAUUAACCACUUCUAAUUCCUUGCAGGUUGUUGGGUUGAGUAAGUUUAAAUAUGUUGUACAUUUUCUUUUCAUCUCGGUUGUAUUUUUCCUGACUUGGAAGAGUGCUGGAAAUGUUGCUGUCCAUAUAAGCAAGCUGCUAUCCUGUUCUUUCUUUUGUACAUGUAGAAAAUAAAGUUUGCCAUUUUUACGAAAAC